AUGGCAAAUGGCAAAGGUCCCGCAGUAGUAAUUGUCGCCAGGCACGGCGCCCGGCUGGAUGCUGCUGACAAGUCAUGGCAUCUCACCUCGCCUGCACCCUACGAUCCCCCACUUACAUACGGCGGCUGGUCGCAAGCAAAGGCACUUGGCCAGCGCAUAGCUGCAUUGCUCAUUGAGAGAGACAACCAGCAGGCAGAAGCAGCGAAGACUUCUCCUAAUCACGAUCCCUCGCAGCUCGGCUUGGCCAAGCUGACCAUCUCGCAAGAUGGGCAGGCACAGGGAAGCGGCGCCCAACGACCGAAGAAGAAGAAGCGAAAGAUUAUCAUCCAUUCGAGCCCGUUUCUAAGAUGCGUUCAAACAAGUACUGCAGUGGCAGCGGGAAUCUCGCAAGUGCAGGCGUCAACCAUACCAGAAAUCAGCAUACCGACACCGUCCAAGGAAAAGAACAGCACAUUGGGGAGCUCCUCGUCGAAAGCACCACGUACCAAACCGACAUCAUCGCAACCUCGAACCUUUGAACCGCUCGCCGACCCCAACCUCGAGAUCCGACCUCAACCCCAUACCGGGCCGGAGAGAAUUCUGCUACGUAUCGAUGCCUUCUUGGGCGAGUGGCUGUCUCCCGAGUAUUACGCAGACAUCACAGCGCCUCCCAACUCGACCAUGAUGGUAGCUGGUGCAAAGGCGGAUCUGCUGCGGCGAGGCGAUUACAUUCAAGAACAACCCAAUCCAAACAGCAGUAGGGGUCAUUUUCCAGGCGGCUGGACAGGGAACAAGGCUGCGGCCAGUACCACACAGGGUGCAAGAAUGGGCAGCUUGGCACAGGCUCUGCCCUUGCGCGAACGGUCAAGCAGCUACACUGGUCCGUUGGCUCUACCAGGCACCGUUCCAAGAGAAGCCGUCUCAGCGCUUGUGGCACCUACACCUACACCCACACCAGGUCCUACUAGUACAUCAAGUCGUAUCUACCAGCCCCCAAACCCGUCUUACUCGGUUUCUCCGGCUGAUCCUAUACCGCGCGGAUACGUUGCUCACGCGCAAGACGCUUGUGUGCAAGUCGACUUUCAAUGGGACAGUAUGCGCGAACCUCAAAACUGGGGCGAUGGCGGACAGUUUGGUGACGAAUGGAGCACAAUGCACAAGCGCUUCAGAAGAGGUCUUGCGGGCAUGCUGCAAUGGUAUAGGACGCAUGGCACUGCACCUCCCAAGAACCAGAUCCCAGGUUUUAUGUUCCGGGAGCCGCUUCGUCUGACGCCACCACGUAUGUCGCAAACCAAGUCAGAUCCCUUUCCAAACUUUAGCGAUGGGCCCGAUGAGGAAGAGGAGGAGGUUGUGCUGAUUCUAAUAACUCAUGGAGCCGGUUGCAACGCUCUCCUGGGAGCCAUGACUAACCAGCCUGUACUCAUGGACAUUGGCCUCGCUUCUCUCUCAAUGGCCGUCCGGAGGGACGAGCCCAGGGAAACACCAGCGCCAUCAACUUUGCACGAGCGGCGACUCUCAGUCGCGGACCCCGGUAUGCCGGAUACUUACGAGGUGAAGCUCUCAGCUUCGAUCGACCAUCUGCGGCCCGGCGUUGAUCCUUCCAAACCACCUUCGGCGCAGGCGCAAGUACAAGCACAGUCACCAGUUGUGUUGCCAAGUCCAUUGCUAGACCAUCGUCGACGAUUUACGGGAUCCUCGACUGCCAGUACUCCUUCCGAGACACCGUUUUCAAUUGGUGAGCCCUACAGGACCCGGAACAGCUCCAUGAGCAGCAUGCGUCGGACCAUGAGCUCGGGGUCGAACUCGAGGUUCAUCCAGAGUGCAACGAGUGGGGCUGCAUCUCCUGCAGGAGGCUUGUGGUCAGGAGCGAGCACACCUGCUGUAGAGGCAGAAACGGGCCUUCACUCUGCACAUCAACAAGUACGGUCGAAGCCCGCUGGCGCUAUGAGUGCUGGGGCGUCUUAUAGUGAACAAGACGUGAAGCCUAUCUCACAAUCAGACGGCGCGUCUGACUCAACCAACCGUCUUACCAAGUUGGACUCAAAGGAAGAAAGGGAGGUGGGCGACAAAUCAACUCCGCUGGUCAACGCCGCCACUCGGAAACAGAGUGCGGUGAGUGCAACAGGUCUUUGGGGCGCAAAGGCGGCACCUAAGCCCAGCCAUGGGCUCUGGGGUCCACCGAAACUUGACGACGUGUAUGAGCAUAGGCAGGGACCCAAGAGGAGAUGGACAAUGACAGAGAGGGAGGACGAUGGAUAG